AUGUCGGGUGCAGGACCUAGAAUUAGUAUAUUUCCUACGCGCAUGGCGUUGACCACCAUGAAGUCGAAAUUGAAAGGCGCACAAACCGGUCAUAGUCUAUUAAAACGUAAGAGUGAGGCGCUUACAAAACGAUUCCGAGAUAUAGUGCAAAAAAUUGCCGAGGCAAAGAGAGAAAUGGGAAAAAUGAUGCAAACUGCAUUUUUUUCCCUCGCUGAGGUUAAUUAUAUUGCUGGCGAUAUCAGUUAUCCGGUUCAGGAGAAUGCGAAAAAUGCACAAUUACGCGUGCGUACAAAACAGGAAAACGUGUCUGGUGUCAUGUUGCCAGUAUUUGAGAGUUAUAUGGAGGGCGGAAAUGCCUUUGAAUUAACUGGUCUUGGUCGUGGAGGUCAACAAGUUCAAAAAUGCAAAGAAAAUUUUAUCAAAGCUGUCGUUGAAAUGUUAGUAAAGAUAGCUUCAUUACAGGCAGAUUUCGUAAUUUUGGACGAAGUGAUCAAAGUGACAAAUCGACGUGUAAAUGCAAUCGAGCAUGUGAUUAUUCCAAGAAUAGAGAACACAAUAAAGUACAUCAUUUCAGAAUUGGAUGAACAGGAUCGUGAAGAGUUCUUUAGAUUAAAAAAAGUGCAAGGAAAAAAGAAAAAAGAUCAAGCUAUCGCGGAUAAAGAAAAGGAGGAUCUAGAAGCUCUGGAACAGGAUGACGAUGGUGAUGGCACGGGCAGAACUGUUGAUAUUCUAGGAGAUGCGGAUGAUGAGGAUAUCAUUUUUUAG